AGGUCCUGCUGAUCCCAAAUAGCAAGGAGAAAUUUAAAAUGCAUACCAAAGGAAAGAUCGGGUCUGAGGAGGAUAUUGAACUCUCCAAGGUCAUGGAAAUAUAAUACUGGCAUUCUUAAUUUAAUGGGGUUCCCUUUUAAGUUGAGGUAUUCUUUGAUUACCUUUAUGUUACUCAUAGUUCUGCUUUACCGCACUUAUAAAGGCAAAUGUACUUUUUGGGGGCAUUACCUUUACUUGACAGCUAUGGUUAUUUUGUUGAUUAGGAUUUUUACUGCAUAACGCUAAAACGUGGAGAUAGAUCUGGCAAGAAUAGAUUUUACCUCAAAAAAACUCACAAUGAGCUGAAUUAAAUAUGAUGCCUUGUUAAACUCACCAUCGGUACAUGGACAAAGUAAAAAAACUAAAUCGCUCCACCACGAUUAGCUGCUACAAUAAUGCCUUUUGCCCUUGCUAAUAUAUUUUAUUCAAAAUCAUUCAUGUGAAAUACUAUGAAAACGUGUCAGUCAAAUGUAACUGUGUAGAAAAAUAAGCAAAUUUCACUGUGUGUAAAAUGAAGCUGAAAUGAAGCUGUACAACCAUUGGUGAAAGCGGAAGAAAGAGUUAACUCACUCUCGCUGCCGGAACUUUAGAGUGUAACGUCCAGCGAAAGUGCACAAAACAGCCAUUAGCAGCGUUAGCUCUGUGGAUGUAUUGAGUUAGCUGGAAGAAGAUAUUUUAAUUGUACCGCGGAUAAUUUUUUAACUUAGAGAUUAGCAAUAAUGUCUUCAGUUAAGUAUUUGAGAGUUUAUCAACGAGAGACUAACUGCUGCUGCUGAAAAAAUAUUCGGAGUUUUUGAGAAAAUGGUCGUCGACUACGAAGAAGAGAUCGACCGUCAGCGCAGACUGUUGGAUGUAGCUUGGAAAACGGAAGUAAGGUUUUACAAGAUAGAGCUCCCACAGCAACAUGUCUGUAAGGAGAAGGAGGUUGUCGCUGAGCAGCAGCUCAGUGUUCAGGGGAGGAACUCCAGUGUGGAUCAAGAGGAGCCAGAGCCUCCAGAGAUUAGAGAGGAAGAGGAGGAACUGUGCAGCAGUCAGGAGGGAGAGCAGCUUGAAGUGAAGCAGGAAACUCCAAAUAUGGUGGUGGAGGAAACCCCUCUUGACUACAUUUUAGUUAAAAGCUUUGUGGUCCCAGAACCAGGCCGUGACCACCAGCUCCUCUCUCAUGAAGCUGAGAGCCAAGAUCAGAAAGGAGACAAGCAUGGAGACUCAGGUUCAACUAGAAAUGCAGAGCAAACAGAACCGGAUCACAACAGCAAAAGUCACAUUAACAAGUUAUAUAACCCUACUAUAUCAACAAUUAAUAAUAAUAAUAAAAAUAAUAAUAAUAAUAAAUUUUAUUUGUAACGCACUUGAUAUUUAGUGAAAAAUCUCAAAGUGCUACAACAGCAAGAAAACAAAAAAUAAGUUAAAACAAGUGUUAAAAGCAGUUAUCAAAGUAACACGAGCAAAAAUUACAGAUUAAAAGAUUUUUUAAAAAGGUACGUUUUAAGGCCCUUUUUAAAACAAUCAAUUGACUGUGGAACCCUCAGGUGUUCUGGGAGGGUGUUCCACAGUCACUAUAAUACUGACACAGGUAAGAAGUCUUUCAAAUGUGACACGUGGGAAAGCUUUCACACGUAGGUCAGUUUUGCAGAAACACCUGAGAGCACACACAGGUGAGAGGCCAUAUCCUUGCAACAUCUGUGGUAAAUAUUUUCAACGUGAGAGUGACUUGCCUGUCCUCAUGAGAACACACACAGGUGAGAAGCCGUAUUCUUGCAACAUCUGUGGGAAAAAAUUCACUCAGACAUCAGGAUUGAACGUUCAUAUGAGAACACACACAGGAGAGAGGCUGUAUUGUUGCAAAAUGUGUGGAAAAGAUUUCAGAGCAAGAGGUAACUUGAUAGACCACACCAGAAUUCACACAGGAGAGAGGCCGUACUGUUGCAAGACGUGGGAAAAAUUUUGGAUGUAACUAUGACUUGAAUGUCCACAUGAGAAUCCACACAGGUGAGAAGCCACAUUCUUGCAGCACCCGCAGGAAAAGAAGCUGUCGGACAACAGAAUUGAAAUCUCAUGCAAGAACCCAUACAGGUGACAGACACCAUAUUAAUGCAACACCUGUGGAAAAAAUUCAGACAUAACAGCAAAUCUUUAGUCCACACAUGAGGAGGCCAAAACAGGCAGAAGCUGUACUUUUGCACGAUCUACAGGAACUACAUGGUGCUGUCAGUGGAUCAGCCCAAACAAUGAAUGCAAUGAUACGUGCCCCAAGGAGCAUGGGUGACAAAAUGGUGUUAAAGAAAAGGUUCAUUUCAAAUUGUAAGAUGAUGACAUGCAGGAGGUGAUUUAAUAUUGCAGCACAGCAGCUGGAGGUUAACUAAGAUUUGAUACCGCUAGGUGGUUUCAGUGGAGCUACUUCAUAUUGAACAAUGUGUGCAGUGGAGGAAUGUAACUACAAGUAGGCUACUCAAGUACAAUAUUCAUGGAUAACAUUGUGCUCAGAUGGGUAAGUCUGCAUGUACAUUCCACACAAAUAAAAUUUUACAC